GUGUGGAUGUGUGCGCCUGCUGAGAGGUUGCAGACACCAAGGAAAGGCUCGGUCAGGGAAACCAGGAUACUUGCUUUACGGGCGAGGUGGCCGAGCGUUCUUUGAGCAUGCAGAACAGUCUGUGAUCUGCAAGGAUCUAUUCCGGUGCCCGCACUGCAGUGAGUGGUGCCGCUGACAAGGAUGCGUCAGGAUGAAACGCCACAGACAUCUCAGCAGCAGUGACAGCUCAGAUAAUGAAAGUCCUUCUACCUCCUUUUCCUCAUGCUAUCCCUACAAGAGCAAAUCCAUAAUGACAGCCGAUGAAGCAAAGAAGUCUGCCGAGGUAUAUCGUAAAGAUCUUAUUAGUGCAAUGAAAAUUCCAGACUCUCAGCAUGUGAAUGUGGAGGAAUAUUACCGCUUUACUGACACAUGGAAGCAGGAAUGGGAGAAGGGUGUUCAAGUGCCAGCCAAUCCUGAUACCAUUCCACAGCCUUCUCUUAGGGUUAUUACAGAAAAAGUGAAGGAGGUCCUGUUUUCACGUCCACGGAAGUACAUCCACUGCUCUAGCCAAGAGCCCACAGAGCCAGGAUAUAUCAACAUACUGGAGCUAGCAGAGAGCAUGUGUAGAUAUGAUCUAGAUGAUGUGGAUCUAUACUGGCUGGAAGAAUGCAACCUGGAGCUGGCUGAUAUGGGAUGUCCACCUGUUGAUGAGAGCACAAUGGAAAAAACUCUGGAGGUGCUAGAAAGGCAUUGUCAUGAGAAUAUGAACCAUGCCAUAGAGACAGAGGAGGGCCUUGGUAUAGAAUAUGAUGAGGAUGUCAUCUGUGAUGUGUGCCGUUCACCAGAUAGUGAGGAGGGCAACGAUAUGGUAUUCUGUGAUAGGUGCAACAUCUGUGUACAUCAGGCAUGUUAUGGCAUCCUGAAGGUCCCAGAAGGUAGUUGGCUUUGCCGUACAUGUGUUUUGGGGAUCAACCCACAGUGUAUUUUGUGUCCAAAGAGGGGAGGUGCAAUGAAAGCUACAAGAACUGGAACCAAGUGGGCUCAUGUGAGCUGUGCACUCUGGAUACCAGAGGUGAGCAUUGCCUGCCCUGAGAGGAUGGAGCCAAUUACAAAGGUUUCACACAUCCCUCCUAGCCGUUGGGCAUUAGUCUGCAGUCUUUGUAAGAUGAAGACAGGUGCCUGCAUACAGUGCUCUGUUAAAAGCUGCAUCACUGCCUUCCAUGUAACCUGUGCUUUUGAACACACCCUGGAGAUGAAGACCAUACUAGAUGAGGGGGAUGAAGUAAAGUUCAAGUCUUACUGUGUGAAGCACAGCAAGAAUAAGCACUGCUCCCAAACAGAAACGGAAGCACCACAAAAGGCACAUGUUGAAACAAGACCAACAGAGAGUGAAAAAACCAGCCUGAGAGCCCAGAAGCUUAAGGAACUUGAGGAGGAUUUCUACACCUUGGUGAAAGUAGAAGACGUAGCAGCAGAAGUUGGCCUGCCCAAACUUACUGUGGACUUAAUUUAUGCGUUUUGGAAGUUAAAGCGAAAAAGCAAUUUCAACAAACCACUGCUGCCUCCUAAAGAGGAUGAGCAGAAUGGUUUGAUACAGCCCAAGGAGGACAGUAUUCAUACCCGCAUGAGGAUGUUCAUGCAUCUCAGGCAAGACCUAGAAAGGGUACGAAAUUUAUGCUACAUGGUCAACAGACGAGAAAAGAUGAAGUUAUCCCAUAGCAAAAUUCAUGAACAGAUAUUUAAUCUACAAGUACAACUUGUGAAUAAGGAGAUGGCAGCAGGACAUCCUUUAUCAAGUGCACUGGAAAAUACACUUUUCUAUCCUCCUCCCAGAAUAACGUUGAAACUGAAAAUGCCAAAAUCAACAAUGGGAGACAGCAAAAAUAACUCUAAGACUGCUAAGAUUUCCAGCCCCUCAGACACAGAGCGUCAAAAGGAAUUGUCUGAGCUUACCACCAAACACUACUCAAGGUAUGCUUCUGAACGAAGAAGCAAUGGCUUACUUGUUGGAGUCACUCGUUCACGUAAAGAGCAUCAGGACACAGGGUGCCAGCAAACAAGAUUUCAUACAUCAGGGAAACCCUUUUCACUACAGGCAGUCAUCCAUGGUCAAUCUUCAAAUGGCAGUGGGAAAGUACAAAAUGAUAAUUUGAGGUUAACUAAAUCCAAUGGUGUGUUGAGUUCUGUCGGAGACAAAACACAGGAUAACUCCAGACAGACUACUCACGAACAAGACUCUAUCAUCACAACACACUUGGUGAGACAGAGCAGUCUUAGAAAUACCACAAUAGAACAUUUUAGUAGGUCAUUCAAAGAGACAACAAACAGCCUAAUAAGGACCACAGAGGACCUCCGGAGUGGUGAAAAGCCACAGAGAAAGCAAUCUGCAAAAGAACUUUUGUGGUCCAAACAGGCUGUUGACUGUCAGACAUCUGGGACACCAUACCAGGAUAAUGAUGGCUACUGCCCUGACCUUGAAUUGAGUGACUCUGAAGCAGAAAGUGAUGAAAACAAGGACCACAUGCGGCUCAGGAGGAGUAGCUUGAGAAAAGAAAGUCCCAGCAAAGACUCUAAUAGAGACAGUCGCAACAGAAGUAAAAAAAACAUAGUUUCUCAUAGUUCAGUGAAAAGGUGAUACAUACCUUUUAAAUAGAAUCAGACAUUUGCUUUAUUUUAAUAAAUAUAUUAAUGCCAAAAAAAGUCAGUAAAACCCUGAGUGAAAUUCAGUGAUGUGUUGUAAUCCACAGAUCAACAAGGAUUUUGAUAAAGCUUUAGCUGAAGUUAUUUGGAGUUGUGUAUAAACCAUCAACAUGCGUGGGAAAAUCAAUCAGCCCUAAUUCUAGAAAAGGGAGUUAACAUUUUUACAUUUAUUUAUUUAAUUUUCCUUUUGUGUGGAAUGAUAUAGCAAUUUUACAUUGGUAAACAAGUGGCCGAAAUGUUUGCACAAAUAUCUUCAGAGACGAUUUGCUUGUGCCUCAGAGGGAUCCAUUAUGGAAAUGCUCCACAUUGCAGCACACAUUAUUUUAAUGUUUAACUGCUGAAUAUGAAAGAAAUACACCUUAUAAUCAUAUUGAUUAGUGUCUAACAUCUCAUAACUGUAUGCAUUGUGGUAGCCUACCAAAUAUGCUGAACUUAACAUGCUCCUAUAUACAUAAUCUCCUUGAAGAUCUCAUCUCUCUUUUUAUGUAAAUAGCCUUUUUAUUCACUACUAGGCUUCUUCUUGCCUCUGUAAAGAUAUUGCUUGUAGUGCAAUGCACUUGUAAAUAUUUCACUCAUUGUUGUAGAGGAUACUAAUUUGUGAAAACUGUUUACAAAGAUAAGUUGUAGAAGUAAAUACUUAUCAACAA